AUGGAGCAUCUACUUUAUUUGCUGGAGGGUAAUUCGGAGCCCGCCGAUUCCCAACAGAGCACAAGUAUCGGCAAUGGUACACUCUACGGACCAAACGCGUCUCGAUGCGCGAGUAUAGAGAACCAUACGGUUUACAAGCGCGUCCAGGAACUUUGCCUGCCACCAUUCUUCACCCGCAAGAUCGACUACGAGGAGACCGGUACCAUCAGACCCGAAAGACCCGAGUUUCGAAAAAUCGAGCGCCUGCCAUCCAAUGAAUAUUGGGUGAACACGAUACUGAAGAUUUCCAAAGCGAUCCUACGCCACCCAUCGGCCAAGUAUACCCGCGGCAACCCACCGGUCGAGAGCUCGCCAUCAUUCGUCCUACCAUUCUACAGCGGUUACGAUACGCACGAGACUGGCCAGCUACUGGACCAAGCGAUGGAUCGACUCAUCGGAGAUCGCCCAGACGACUUUUUCAGCAGCGCGAUGAGCCAGGCCAUGUGCAACGCCAGAGUCACCAUGCGUGGAGUUUCGGCCAUCCUGUACCAGCACGAGAUGAUCAACGACAUCUGCAAGACGGAGCUCCCCAAGUACACGGCCGAACCACCGCCGCCAUCAUGGGAUGCGGAAUGGUGCCCCACUUCAAGGCUCGACGAGAUCGCCCUCCGGAUCGAGGAAUCGCCGCUUUUAAAUUCCCGAUGCAAGCUCUUACCCAAGGUGAUGGAAAUUGCACUCUCGCACAUGCUGCUCCAAGAUUACGAGGUCGAUGGGGAGGUAGAAAUUCCCGCCGAGUCCGAUUUUAUCACUGAGAACAUGGGCUACCUCAUUCCCGUCGAGUCCGGCGUCAUCCCUGAGGACAUGGGCCACCUCCACCAGCUCCUGGACGACGCCAUCGCCUUCGCCAGGACCUUUCCCUACGCCACCAUCGAAGCCCGACAUCUAUCCACCGGAUUCGCCACAUUCGUCAUGGAGAUCAACAGGUUCUGCACCGAGACGUGGUACCAUGCCACCGUCAUAUUCGAGGAUGUCCUGCACAUGUUUUUUGCGAUGAGGACGGCCAUCUACGGCGGCCGGCGCCGACCAAUCGUCAGAGAUUUAAUCAUCGCAGCAACUGCCAGCGGAGCCGGCGAGGACGAGGAGACCGAUCCGGGCGUCACCAACCCGGAGAGGGCGAUGAGGGCGAGAAUUGCGCUCCAGCGAAGGUUGUCGGUCGAUUUUAACGUUAUGGCGGACUUUAUCAUCGAGGAUGACGUGCUCCAUCAUUUGGUGUUGGACGUCAUCGAGGGAGUUGCCAACAUGAUGUCCCUCCCCAUCAACGCGAGCGACAUCAACCCUGGACCGAGGAAGCUGCUCGAGACUGGACCCGAGGAUACCGACAAUGACUUGCGCAAGGCCGACUUGGAUAAUGUUUCCAUCAAGCCCGCGGAACUUUUAUCUCUUUGGGAGCUCUGGUGA